CUGACACGUCACCCCAAACACUGUCAAGUACUAUUGGAUGAAGUGGAUAAAUUCUGUGAGUGGACGGAUGGAUUGAGGACAAAACCAAGUAAAUGUCACUGUUUGUGUCUUGGUAGGCGGAAUACAAGAUACACCUCAUACGAUCCGGGACUAUCGAUAGGCGGUCAAUGCGUUUCUACGGUUACGGAAGAUGCACCAUUCAAGUUUCUCGGUCGUAAGAUUGAUAAUAUAGGUCGUACUCCAUCUUUAGAAGGAAUAGUAGAUAGCUUUUUAAAUGAUCUUAACAAGGUAGAUAGCCAGCAGAUCAGUAACGUAAAAAAAGCAUGGAUCUACGAUAAUUACUUAACUUCACGUUUGAAUUGGCCUUUCCUCGUCUAUGAUUUUAGUAAAACCCUUUUAUCUAAAUUAGAUGCAGGCGUCAUAAAGAUGUUGAAGUUGUGGCUCGGGCUCGCGCUAACGGCUGAUUCAUCGGCUUUAUUCAGGGAUCGUAAUAGUUUUGGGAUGAAUCUAAAAAGACCAUCGGAGCUCUACAAACACCUAAGAGUUUCCAAGAGACAUAUCCUGGGAAAAUCCCAUGAUGACGUCGUUACAUCACUCCCAAAAGACAAUGAUGCCCCAGAGCUAGAGUCACGACUUCAAUUCCAUAAACAAUUUAUGAUCGGAGCGCAAAAUAACAGAGUAGGGUUAGGAUCAAGUAGGAAAGUCCAAGAUACGGAUAUAUUGAAGUCUUUUAUUCGGCAAGACGAGAACGAUAAAUACAAGAUCCAUGCAAUGAGUUUAGAAAUGCAGAACGAGUGGUUAGACAUAGGAGAUUUUUGCAUUCCACUAGCACUAAAAUGGCGCACCCUAAUUCAUGACUGGUCGCCAGCCUUGCUAAAAUUUUAUCUCAAUGCGUUCCAGAUGACUCUCCCAGAUCAGAGUAAUUUAGUAAGAUGGGGUAAAGGUACCGAAAAAACUUGCUAUAUCUGCGGAAAGGCAGUUGGAACUGCCAAGCAUUUGCUGGUGGGAUGUAAGGUUCUCCUGGACAGCGGUCAAUACUCGCGUCGUCACGAUAGGGUUUUAGAGAUCAUACGUUUUGUGAGAGAGGGCACCAGGGCUAUAAAAUCAAACGUCAAGCCUUACUCUAUCCUUAAAGCGGCUUCGGAUUGGACUAUCAUGAUGGAUACGUAUGAGAAACAAUACAAAAUCCCCGAGGAUAUUUGUGCGUCGGCCUCCAGACCAGACAUAUUUCUAUAUUCGCGUAUUUUAAAGCGCGUUGUGAUGAUAGAGCUUACGGUGCCUUGGGAAACCAACAUCCCCAAAGACCAUGCCAUCAAGGUCAAUAAGUAUUACGAGCUCACUAACGAACUAACUCGAAAUAGGUUCGUCGUUGAUUUGUACGCGGUAGAGGUGGGAGCGAGAGGUAUAACAGCUAAAUCUCUCUAUAACCUACUAAAAGACUUGGGCCUGUCCAGAACUAACAUUAAUUCAUUCUUAGAACGUACGUCGAAGGCAGCCCUAGUAGGUUCUUUUCAAAUUUGGUUAGGUAGGGAGAGGAACUUGGACAGUGGAGGUGAGCGUAUAACGCGCGUUAGUUAA